CAUUAUUGUUUAUAGUUCUAAAUGAUCAACAAACAUUCUUAUAUUAGAGAGUAAUUUCUAAAUUUUAUUCUUGAAUUAAACAGCAUGUAGGAAAAGUGUAAAUAACCGAAGUAUUUUUUUAUAACAGUGCAUUUUAAAGUAAAGAAGGAUAAUGGCUCACUAUUCAACUUGUAGAAAUUGUAUUUGUCUUGGACAGCGAACAUGACUAAAAGACUUCUAGAUAAAAAGGUUAUAGAGAUAUCAUUCUUAGACUCAUCUAAUGAAUAUGGAGAUAAUUUAUUUCCAAACUGGAAACUGGAUAUGUCAAGUACAAAUUCUGGAGUGUCCAAUAUCUGGACAGACCUGCAGACCACAGCUUUUCAUAAAGAAAAUGAGGAAGAGUUAUUUAUUAAAGAUAAAUCAGAAAUUUUAUGGUCUAGAGAUAACAACAGUUUUUCCUCAGAGAAUGAAAUAUAUAGAGAAACAUUGGAAAGUUUUUCAGAUAUGACUACUAGAACUGCUAGUUCUUGCUCUUGGCAUAAUGAUGAAUUUGACAUAAAAUCUGUCAACAAAGUAAAUGCAUCUUUAGAAGCAAUUGAAGAUGCAUUAUAUGAGCGAAAAGAGUCUCCUUUUAUAAAUCAGGAACUAUUUCGAGAAUGUUGUGAUUGGUCUGAUAGAUUUCCUUAUCUAAGAUUAAAGGGAGAGCAAAUUGUUAAGCCUAUAGAUGAUAGUGUUAUGUUAUAUUCUUCAAACGAGUGCAGUGUGAAACCAUGCAGCUCUGAAAAUACCAGUUUGUGUUUGCAGGUGGAAGGUAAGAAAAUGUCUAUUCAUACACCACGCAAAAAUCUGCCAAAAAUGUUCCUUGAAGAUGCUUCUGAUAAUUUUGAUCAAAUACCAGAUUACAUUGAAGAAAUAAUGGAAGAAAAUGGUAAUUAUGAAGAAUAUCUUGCCUUAGACAGCAGUGAGUUCCUUGAUAAAGAAAUAUUAUCUACUCAACCUUUUCAUGAAUCUUCAUCCAGUGCUACCGUUAAAUCAAUUCAAGAAAAAAUCAUUGAUAGACUAGCUCUAGAAAUGUGGCCAAAAGUCAUAGAUGUUUUGAAUAAAUUAAGUGAAAGCAGUAAUUAUGGCACAAAUGAAAAUUUCCAGUUGCCACCAAUACUUGCCACUACAGAAAGAAAGCCAUUCUCGCUUCAGAGGCCUAAAACUGAAGGCAUGAGUUUGGAACAAACUGAAUUUCCUAAACUUAAUAGCAUACUUUCAGUUUCUCCCAAAGUUUUGCAGCAACGGAAAGAUUAUGGAAAUGGAAAUCACAGGAUAACAAGACCAAACUCUGAAAUAUCCUUGCUGUAUCGGUUUCAUGAUGUCCCGAAUCUUAAUGACAAAAAUGAAAGUUCGAAAGAAUCUGAAUUAAUUUUCCAACAUAAAUUUCAAAGCUCGGAUUCUAGGCAGGAAAAAUUGAUACUCACAAAAGUGAAAAAAGAAGAGAAAGAUAAUGGUAGCUUUAACUUGUUUCUGCCUGUAUUAGAGGAAGAUCAUAUAGAUCCUAGUGAUGUAUUAAGGGGGUUUCACAUUGAACCAGAAGCAAAAGAAGUUUCUUCUAAAACUGUGUGGUCCUCUAGAUUAAGUGAAAUGUCAAUAGGAAAGAAGUCACAAUGUUUUCUCCCACCAAUUCACUCUGCAAAUAGUCUUCCUACAAAUGCAAAUAUACAUAAAGAUGUAUUCACAUGUUAUGGAAAUGAUGUAAAAAAUGAAAAAAUUAAAGAUACUGGGCCUGAUCUAUAUAUGCAGGGAUGUCCUAUUUCUAGACCAAAUACUUCCACAUCUAAAAAAGGAGUGAAAAGUCGCAGAAUUUCUCAUGAAGAUGCUUCUGUAAUUAACAAGGAAUCCAUUCAAGAGAAUCCUGCCUUGAAUUUCCAGAGCAAUUUGAGUUUUUCUCCCCAUAUGGUAAGAAAAUUAGAUGAAGAAGAUAAACCUUUAACAUUAUUUCCUAUUGUUACCUCAUUGGUGCCAAGUAAAGACAAAAACUGCAGCAGUGUCAGAAAAGGUAUUCUAAAUGCUUUUGUUGGUGGAAGGAAGAGGUGACAGCCAACAUUAUUUGUAAAUGUACAUAGAAAACGCCAAACUAUUUUUUGUAUUUAUUUCAUUGUGAAUUACUAUGUAAAUUUAAAUAAAUUUUUAAUAUAUUCAU